CUUUGCUCGGAGUGUAGAUAGAUUGAAUUCGUUUAGGGCUUCCGUAGCCAUGCGUUUGUGGUGCUUACUGCCAGUCUUCCUCGGGGCAGAUGGGGCGCUGCCUGAGCUGCCUCACAGCUCCCAGCGCCCUUGGCUGCUGAGGAGAACAGUUCCGGACCUCUCCGUGUACAAGAAGGGUGAGGUUUGGCAGAAGCUUCCUCAGGAGAAGCGCAGGCUGCAAGAGAAGCCAGCAUGUUCCGUGACAGCCGACUGCGGCCCAAAUGAGUACUGCAUGAGUUGCACGAAGUGCGCAGAGUACCAUGCUCAGCUUCCAAAGGAAGCGCAAAGGCGUUGGACUUGCGACCCCUGCCGAGCCGGGGAGAACCUGUGCGAGUCUGGAAAGUACUGCACCGUGGCACAUGACCCGGUAGGCAGCUGCCCGACCCAGUAUCCGGGUUGCAAUGCUCACUCGGACUGUGAUUCCGACGAGUAUUGCUUCUCGUGCCAGAAGUGCGAGGAGUACAUGCAAACCCAAAGCGCGAACAGCUCACUUUGGCGCUGUGAGCCCUGCCCGACCAGCAAGGGCGGCUUUUGCUCGAAGCAGUGGUGGUGUCCGAUGCGCAAAGAUAGCAUCACAGGCAGCUGCCCACAGGAGCCAGGCUGCGGCAAGCAUUCAGACUGCAAAGAGGGGGAAUACUGCGAGAGCUGCGAACUUUGCCUCAAGUUCCAGCAGAGUUUGCCAGCGAGCCAACAGAGCCUUUGGCCCUGCACUGGCUGUCCCACCGCCGGAGGUGGCAUUUGCGAGCCUGCUCGACUUUGUCAAAUGGCGAACGACGGCAUUGAUCGUACCUGCCCACCGGAGAAAGGCUGCGAUGCUCAUUUGCAGUGCAAACCUGACGAGUACUGUAUGGACUGCAACAAGUGCACCACAUAUCGUGAUAGUCUACCACCAGCGCAGCGCAACUUUUGGCCUUGCGGCUACUGCCCGACAGGCCGCGGUGGUCAUUGCGAGCGCCGGGUCUUUUGCUCUGUGGCGAAUGACGGGGUUACCGACACCUGCCCCAUCUACGAAGGAUGCUUCAAGCAUGGUGAUUGCUCAGAGGGCGAGUUCUGCUGGAACUGGGAUGCUUGUGAGGAGGAGGACGUGCACAAGUCAGGCAACUGCGGAGACAAGCCGCGGAAGGAUGGCUUCUGCAACCCAGUGUCCACCUGCACUUCCAAGCGCUCCAUCGACGGCCACUGCCGGGGCGCGAAGUCCUGCAACAGUCACCGGGAGUGCGGCCGCGACCUCUUUUGCAGCCUCUGGACGGAGUGCCAUCAGCGGUCCCCGGACAUUUGCGGGCCACAGCCAGCUCACCGCGACGGCAUUUGUUUGCCUUUGGAGAACUGUGUCCACGGCUUCCAUGCCCCCCUCGGUGGCGAGUGUCCCGCCUGGUAUGCCCACAACGGUACCAGAGGCGGGCAGCUGGAGGUGUCAGAGGUGCUGAAGCUCAACAGCACGCUGAUGCUGGCCACUUUCCACCAAGCAAUGAACGCCUGGAGAUGGAUCCUGCCGCAUCAGGAGCGGGACCUCCUCCUCACACAUUUGCACGACUAUGGCGGCAACGGCACGCGCAGAGAUGAUGCAGAGUACGUGGGCAUUUUCGAGGCUACUGGCGGCAAACUCGUGCAGCAACAUCAGGUGCAGCUGUCCUGUCCCUGGUCAGAGGUGGCCAUCCCUGCCCGGGGCCCGCGAAUCUUCGAGGCCCGGAUCUUCAUGGACGAGCUGCAGAUGUCCCAGAAGCAUUCUGAGUGCAGCUGCAUCCUCGGUGAGUCUGGCAGAUGCCCUCGGGGUGCCAGCUACAUGGUUGCCAGCAUCCAGCCAGAGGCACCGCCCUACUGCAAUGAUGACCCCUUCGUGGGGGCCGCCCCGCAGAGCCAGAAGGAGAUCCUCCCACAGAACAUUCUCAACGUGUUGCAGAACUGCACUGGGGCUGUCAAGGUGAUCACCCAGACCACCUUGAUACUCCAAUCGCCUGGAGCAUCUGUGAGGUUCUUACGAGUGGAUAACUUUGAGAUUGAAGAGGUGAGCGUGCCCGCGAGCGGAAGCACCAAGUUGACUUUCGAUGGCCAGAACUUGCGAUGCGACUGCGAGUUGGAGCUCCACCACGAAUGCGGCAGCUUGCAUAGGGGACUGAACAUACCCGUGGUCCUAGAGUCCUUCAAUGUGGGCGCGGAGCCUGAAAAGAACACGAUCAACUACCGGCGGUACUGCACCAGCUGCCAACCUGCUUUGAAGAGGCUACACCCAGUCUUCUUCUACGACAGCUUCGACAUCGCGCUGGAGAACAACCUCACCCUCUACUCCCUGCGCGAGGACAUGGUGCGCCCGGUGCAGCUGGUGGACUCUCGAAAGUCGCCGGAGCAAGGUGAAGCCGAGAGCAUCCAUGGCUGCCCCUGGCGCGAGGCGGUGAAUUCCAAGGGCCACUCCUUGAAGCAGAUCCGGGACGCCAACAAGGUACUGCCGAGCAACCACAUGUACAAUAGGUGGUGUGCCGUGCAGGUGGGCAGCUGCUCCAUUUCCUCCAAAGUGAAGUACUGCAUUGCGGGCGGUGCCUCUGGGGUGCUGAUCAUGGAGGCGCCGGGCUCUAUGGAGCCAGGCCUGGUGCCGGACCAGAAGGCCCAGGUGCACCUUUCCAGUGAUGAGACUCUGCAGGACAUGGUCCCGGUGCUCUACUCCGCCUAUGACGAGCAGCUCUGGAAUGCCCUCCUGAACGGCGAGGCUGUGAACAUGGAGGCCGGCCCCAACAUCGGCGUGCGGCCGGCCUCCACGCAUCCGGUCUCCUCCGGCGGCGUGAGGGUCUAUGACACACAGUUGCGGCAGUGGAGCUAUGGCGGGGGCGGCUCCAGGGGCGGCUUUGGGGCGCAGCGUUGGAUGGAGCACUCCCAAGUCCGGGACGUUCUUUUCGUUUGCACCAAAGAUCAGACGAUCAUCGCCUUGGACACCUCCAGGUCAGACAAUAUCUUGACCAAAGUGGGCCAGGCGCCCGAUGUGCGCUGCUCUGCUUCCAAAACGCUGCGCGAUGCCAACAUCCUGGACUUUAGACGAGGCAACCGGUUCUUCACCGUCUUCAUCGACGCAGAAGGCGACAGGAACCACCUGAUCUUCUUCGAAACGACUUCCCUCUCAGCGUGGACGAAGCUCUCCGAAGUGCACGCGAGCUGGGAGCACGAGACGGAAGGCUUGGGGCAAGUUGUGGUGACUGAGGAUGGCACGAAGCUCUUGGUGACCUGGCAAUGUUCCACGAUCCACUGCGGAAAUGCGCGGAGGAUCGAUGGGUCAGCUCCAGGCGAGCACGUUUAUGUGCUGGACCUGACCGCGGGCCUGGAGAAGGGCUACGUGCCGCCGGUGCUGGCGGCCAUCAAGCUGCCCAUGUCCGAAGGUUCCAUUGUCCGGGAUAUCGAAUGCAAUGAGCAGAACCUGUGCCUUGCAAGCCUCUCCUGGGAUGGGGUGGUAGUGCUCGACAUGGCAGAGGGGCCGAACAGGUUCAAAGUGGUGGCACAGCACAGCGCUUCCUUCGCAGGCUGGCAGAUUGGUGGAGAUGGCGAUGAUCUUUCGCCGGAUCUCUCUUACCUUCGUAUGGUGGCAGGAGCUCAAAAGGUGAUCGCCAGCAGGAGCCGGCCCAAUCGAUUCUACAUCGAGAGAUGGUCCUUUGAUAUGCCGGGAUGGUCUGCUGGCAAUCCUAUUGACUCCAGCUUGCGCUUUGACAGCAUUUGGGCGGUGGACGUGGAUCACUACGUACGGCCCAGCUUUGACUCCGGGGUGCCACCCCAGUUCGACCCAGCGGUCUCUGCCGCGAUGCAUCUCCCAGCAGUUGCUUGGGCGUCCGUGUAUGGCAGGCAAGACCAGUUCAAGAAUGAGAUGGCCGAGAGCCUGCAGGUUGGCCUGGGGAUUGACGGCUCGCGGGUAGUCGUUACUGCUGCCAGACCCGCGAAGAGCGAGGGCACCAUGAUCCAGUUCACGCUUCUGGACGGUCUGGGGCCAUCGCCCGAGACCUUGUUCAAUGCACUUUGGAGGCAGCUCCUCUCUCCCAACAGCGCACUGAUGAGCGGACAAGCGGCUCAACGGGUGAAGGGUGCGAGUAUGCAGCGGAUCGGGCCACUGCCAAUUUCCUACGAUACCAGCCAGCAAAGACUUGACAGCGGCCAUGACGGAGAGCAGGCAGGCCUAUUCAGACUGACCUUGGGGUUCUUGACGCUGUCCUUCAUUCUCCUUGGCGGGCUGAUGCUUUGGUAUCUCGUCCGCUCAAAGCAUGACCUGAGAAGAAUAAAGGAGGAGAAUCGCGUACUGAAAGAGCGGCAGCGGCAGGGCCAUCGAGAAGCAGUCGGGUUUGCUUCUGGCUACGUGAUUGGCCGACCCAAUGCAAAUGCACCUGGCGCAACUGGGCCGAAGGACCCAGACGCCCAGGAUGCAGCAGGUUCGCUAUCUUUUGUUGUGGGAAAUCCAGUGGCGGCGCAAGGAGCCUGCAAUGCUUUGGCUCCAAGCGAUGAGCAACCAGCUGCGAGCAGUGAGGACUCGCAAGUCCCCAGUCCCUCCACAGUCAGGGCAUCAACGCGGCUUUCUGGAACUGAGCUACCCUGACAGAAAAGCUGAG